AUGUCUGCUCUCACUAACGAUCGAAUCAUCUCGCUCUGUCACGAUCCAGCGACCACAAUUCUCUCAGCGCCGCAGUGCUCAAACAAGGUGGUGCGCAUCACAGACAGCCUGGCCGUGAAGUUUGGCCAUUUUGUUACCGCUCAAGAAUUUAAGAACCAACAGGUCGCACAGCGGCGCCUCGACGCAGACAUAGUCAAUGUGCCAACAGCUUAUCGGUUCUUGCAGAAAGAGGAGAUUGGGUAUAUCGUGAUGGACUACGUCGAUGGCGAGACGCUUGACCUGGCGAGCGCAGAAAAUAUGGCUGAGGAGCUGGGCAACAUCUUGGGUUAUAUCCAUCAACAGGGAGCGACGAAGCCGGGAUCACUUGGAGGCGGGCCAGUAUCUGGUGUGCUCUGGCCUGAACAUGAAGAGGUGGAGUUUUCGGAGACAGAUGACCUCCAACUUUGGCUCAAUCGACGUUCACCCAGCUUAGGGCACAGACUUGAUCUUCGUCGCCAUGCCCUAUCUAUGUGUCAUCUGGAUUUUAAUCCAAGAAACAUUAUGGUGGAUGGCAGUCGUAUCUAUCUCAUCGACUGGUCCGCCGCCGGGUAUUUCCCUCGAUUCUUCGAGCAUAUAUUGUACCAGUUCCUCCCGCGAGAUCUGAGCUUCUUCAAUCUUCUGAGACCAUUUCUCGCUCCCUUGUCUGAUGAAGAACUGGAGAGCGCAAAGAUUGUGGUGGAAACUUUGCGACAUAGUCAAUUCCAUAUUUUUCCCGGGGCCAAGGUCUCCCAGAGAGCACGCAUCGGAGCGUAG